ACUGCUCGAUUCCUGCACACUGUUCUUGCGGCUCGCUGGCUGGCCAUGGCGUUGCGGACUUUCCGAAACUUACCUUGCUUUUUAAGUGCACUCGCCGUGUUGCUUCUCAGCAGUGGCCCGUCCAGGGUGCUCGCUUGUCCUAGCCGCUGUUUAUGUUUCCGUACCACUGUCAGAUGCAUGCAUUUAAACCUGGAAACUGUACCCGCUGUUCUUCCACAGACAACAAUCCUAGACCUGAGGUUCAACAAAAUCAAGGAUUUACAGCCAGGUUCCUUCAGACGAUUAAAGAAUCUUAAUACACUCCUUUUAAAUAACAACCACAUCAGAAGAAUCCCAAGAGGAGCAUUUGAAGAUUUGGAAAACCUUAAAUAUCUCUAUCUGUACAAGAAUGACAUCCAGGCAAUAGACCGGGAAGCCUUUAAGGGACUCAUCUCACUAGAACAACUAUACCUGCACUUCAACAACAUCGAGUCAUUGGAGCCCGAGUCUUUCUCACAUCUACCAAAACUUGAGCGAUUAUUUUUGCACAACAACAGAAUAACUCAUCUUGCAUUAGGAACCUUCUCUCAUCUGCAGUCCAUGAAGAGACUGCGCCUGGAUUCAAACACCCUGAACUGUGACUGUGAACUGCUGUGGUUAGCUGAUCUGCUGAAGCAGUAUGCAGAGUCUGGUAACGCUCAGGCCGCAGCUACAUGCGACUAUCCGAGCCGCUUGCAGGGACGCUCAGUCGCCACCCUCACUGCGGAAGAACUCAACUGUGAAGUGCCCCGGAUCACAUCUGAGCCACAGGAUGUGGACGUAACCUCUGGGAACACUGUGUACUUCACAUGCAGGGCAGAGGGCAACCCCAAACCACAGAUCAUCUGGCUGAGAAACAACAAUGCUCUGAACAUGAGGGACGACACUCGCUUGAAUCUUCUGGAAGAUGGAACGCUGAUGAUCCAGGACACGCGGGAGACGGACCAGGGCGUGUAUCAGUGCAUGGCCAAAAAUGUGGCCGGAGAGGUGAAGGCCUCGCAGGUCACCUUACGAUACUUCAGAUCACCAUCUCGACCAAGUUUUGUGAUCCAGCCACAGAACACAGAGGUUCUGGUUGGGGAGAGCGUAACCCUGGAGUGCAGUGCCACGGGUCAGCCACUGCCUCGUGUCACUUGGACUAAAGGAGACCACACGGCCCUGCCAGUGGACCCCCGCAUCAACAUCACUCCCUCUGGAGGUCUCUACAUUCAGAAUGUUAAUCAGGUGGAUGGGGGACAGUACACAUGCUUCGCCAGCAACAACGUGGACACAAUCCAUGCCACUGCUUAUAUUAUAGUACAGGCUCGUCCGCAGUUCACAGUAACCCCUCAGGAUCAAUCGGUUUUGGAGGGUCAUACAGUGGACUUUCCCUGCGAGGCCAUCGGCUACCCUCAGCCCGUCAUAGCAUGGACACGCGGCGGCAGCCCUCUGCCAAAUGACAGACGACAUGUUGUUCUCUCAACGGGCAGUUUGCGGAUCAGCCGCGUGGCUCUUCAUGACCAGGGCCAGUAUGAAUGCCAGGCAGUCAGUCCUGUUGGCACUGCCAGAGCAGCUGUUCAACUCAACAUCCUGCAAACCGUAACGCCUGUUUUCACAAAUGCUCCAAGGGAUAUGACGGUGGAGUCUGGAUCAGAUGUCCAGAUUCCGUGCAGUGCUCAGGGUGAGCCCACGCCUAUCAUCACAUGGAGCAAGGAUGGAGUCCAGAUAACAGAGAGUGGAAAGUUUCAUAUCAAUCCGGAUGGCUAUCUGGAGGUGCGUGAUGUGGGGCUUGCUGAUGGGGGCCGAUACGAGUGUGUCGCUCGUAACUCCAUUGGCUACUCCUCGUCUAGCAUGGUUCUAACUGUUCAAGUCCCAGAGGUGAGCAGGGAGGGGGAUCCAUUUGUCUCAACAUCCCUUGAAGAGGCCAUUCGGAGCAUAAACAGCGCAAUAGACUCCACCAGGAGGCAGCUCUUUGACGGAUCUCCUCGUACCCCUGCCGAGCUGCUGGCUCUGUUCCGUUACCCCCGGGACCCCUACACAGUGGAGCAGGCCAGAGCAGGAGAGAUUUUUGAGCAGACUCUCCUCCUCAUCCAGAGACAUGUCAACCAUGGCCUCAUGGUGGACACUAAUGGAACAGCCUUCCGCUACAAUGACUUGGUGUCGCCACGCUUCCUGGAUAUGAUAGCCAACUUGUCUGGCUGCACAGCCCAUCGGCGCUUCAACAACUGCUCAGACAUCUGCUUCCAUCAAAAGUAUCGCACACAUGAUGGCACCUGUAACAACCUGCAGCACUCGAUGUGGGGUGCCUCACUCACUGCCUUCGAGCGCUUGCUAAAGUCUGUCUAUGACAACGGCUUCAAUCUCCCACGUGGUGCCACUGAGAGACAGCACAAUGGCUUCCCUCUGCCACUUCCACGUAUGGUGUCCACUACCAUGAUCGGGUCAGAGACCAUCACCCCAGACGAUCGCUACACGCACAUGCUUAUGCAGUGGGGCCAGUUUCUGGACCACGACCUGGAUUCAACCGUUGUAGCUCUCAGCCAAUCGCGUUUCUCAGAUGGACAGUUGUGCACUUCAGUGUGCACCAAUGACCCGCCUUGCUUUCCUAUCAUGUUCCCGCCCAACGACCCACGUCAACGCAGCAAUGGAGCACGUUGCAUGUUCUUUGUGCGCUCUAGUCCUGUGUGUGGCAGUGGAAUGACGUCUCUGCUUAUGAACUCAGUGUAUCCACGCGAACAGAUGAACCAGCUCACCUCCUACAUCGAUGCUUCCAAUGUUUAUGGCAGCUCGCAGCACGAAGCAGAAGAGAUCCGUGACCUGGCAAGCCAUAGGGGGAUGUUACGGCAGGGAAUCGUUCAACGCACUGGCAAGCCACUGCUGCCAUUUGCCACUGGGCCACCCACCGAAUGCAUGCGGGAUGAGAACGAGAGUCCCAUUCCUUGCUUCCUUGCUGGUGACCAUCGUGCCAAUGAGCAGCUUGGGCUGACGGCCAUGCACACGGUUUGGUUUCGAGAGCAUAACCGCAUAGCCAGUGAGUUGCUGCGCCUCAAUCCCCAUUGGGAUGGUGACACCAUUUAUCAUGAAGCACGGAAGAUAGUUGGAGCCCAGAUGCAGCAUAUAACCUACAGCCAUUGGCUGCCUAAAAUACUCGGAGAGGCGGGCAUGAGGUUAAUGGGCGACUAUAAUGGCUAUGAUCCCAACAUCAAUGCUGGAAUCCUCAACGCCUUUGCCACCGCUGCCUUCCGUUUCGGCCACACGCUCAUUAAUCCUAUUCUGUACCGGCUGGAUGAAAACUUCCAGCCAAUCCAGCAAGGGCACAUCUCGCUGCAUAAAGCUUUUUUCUCACCGUUCCGCAUUGUGAACGAGGGAGGCAUCGAUCCACUGCUUCGUGGACUGUUUGGAGUGGCAGGAAAAAUGCGAGUGUCCACUCAACUGCUCAACACUGAGCUUACAGAGCGUCUUUUUUCCAUGGCACACGCUGUGGCUCUCGACCUUGCUGCCAUGAACAUUCAAAGGGGUCGUGAUCAUGGUAUACCCCCCUAUAAUGAUUACAGGGUGUUCUGCAACCUCACUUUGGCUCAGACAUUUGAGGACCUGAGGAAUGAGAUUCAGAACCCGAGCGUACGAGAGAAGCUUCAAAGGCUCUAUGGCACACCUCUGAAUAUCGACCUGUUUCCUGCUCUGAUGGCUGAAGACCUGGUGCCUGGAAGCCGGCUGGGUCCCACUCUCAUGUGUUUACUGGCAACCCAGUUCAAACGUCUAAGAGAUGGUGACCGGUUUUGGUAUGAGAACCCUGGCGUCUUUAGCCCUGCUCAGUUGACCCAGUUGAAGCAGGCUUCUCUCGCCCGAGUGCUGUGUGAUAAUAGCGACAACAUCACCCGCAUCCAGUCAGAUGUGUUUAGUGUGGCGGACUUCCCUCAUGGCUAUGGCAGCUGUGAUGAUUUGCCCAAGAUUGAUCUGCGAAUGUGGCAGGACUGCUGUGAAGACUGCCGCACGAAAGGCCAAUUCAAUGCCCUGUCAUACCACUUCAGAGGUCGAAGGUCAGCAGAGCACAGCUAUGCCGAGGAGAGACCUGCCAGCAACCUCACAGAUAACAGCAGCACUUUGGAAGAUGCUCAAACUGAAGUGAACAUAACUGUAUCACCAAAGUCAAGCACUGAACCCUCAGUUAAGGAUUUCCAAGAUUUCAUUACAGACAUGCAGAAGACUAUUGCAAGUUUACGAAGACAGAUAAAAAGACUUGAAGGCCGUCUGAGUCAGACAGACUGCACUGAUGAAGAAGGGCGAGAACGAGUAGAUGGAGAGAGUUGGAAGAAGAACCACUGCACAAUAUGUCAGUGUAAAGGGGCCCAGGUGACGUGUUUUGUAGAGAAGUGUCCACAGGCAACAUGUGUGAAUCCCGUGACACCUAAAGGCUUGUGCUGCCCCAUGUGCCUCAACCAGCCGUCAAAACUGCAGGAACAUCACGUAUAAACUCAGGACACUAUACCGAUGUCACCAUCAGCUCAUGCCUCUAUUUUUUUAGUUGUCUUUCAGGGUUUUUUAUUGUUUGUGAUGUAUUGGUUAUUUUUUGUUUGCAAAUCCCCACAACUUCAAUUCUCAAGGCAAGAAGCCUACAAAACAACACUUUAACUGCCUUAAAAGUAUUCAGUCAGAUAGAUGGAUGAAUGUGGAACCCUGUUUUCCUCCCUCAGGCCUGUUAACCGGGUCACGGCCUCAGAUGUCUAUCAAAGGUGCACAUUGACAAGUUAACACCUGGCAGUAGAUCAUCUCUAAAGAAGCAUUCUCAAGUUAGAGAUGCUGAAGAACUGGUGCUAUUUUACUCCAUUUAAAUGAGUCUUACAAGUAUUGUUCUAGGUGUCUAAUUGUUUUGCAAUAUACAAUGCAUCCUAUAUACACUCAUUAUGUGCUUUUUAAAACCACAUUUGAACCGGAAACCUGUUGUUUCAUAGCUACUCGUAAGAAAUUUUACAUGUAAAAUGAUUAGUGUUACUCCUGCUUUUACUUAAAGUUUAUGGUGCAUAGUAUCGUAUUUGGAACUUAUGUAGAAAAAUAGUUCCCGCAUUGUAUCAUUCUCUCAUGUGAAGAAAAAUGUGAAAACAAUAUUUGCAAUGGGAAAAAAAUUCUACUGAUCACCAAACGUUUGUUUCCCUUGGCAACUGCGGGUUAUCUUAGACUUGGUGUUUGGGCUUUUGUUUCUUUACCUUGACAGAAAGCUGUUGUUUAUGCUUUCGGUUUGGUAUCUUUUUUUUUCACGGGAGAGGGGGAGAGCUGACAUCAGGGUCACUUUUUAAGGUGCUACUGUACUUUUCUAUAUUACUCUGGCCUAAAACCUUAUCUAACAGCACAGUAUUUAUAUCCUAAUGUUAUCUUUAUCACAAAUGAAGGUCCAGUUGUUUCCUCUCUUUCAAACAGUGUUCUGAAAGGAUGUAAAUGAUUGCGCCGCAUCGCAGUACAUCGCAAGCAUGCACGCUUCUAUCGCCACUCAAUGCAUUCCAUUUUUCCUUUCCGUUUACAUUUGUUCAUUUAGCAGACACUUGUAAAGAGACUUACAAAUGAGAAAGGUUUAGGGAUGGGAAUAGCGCGCAACAGUGCCCAGUGUAGUGUUUCAGCCAUCUUGGUUCCGGAAGUGUUUUUCCCAUUCAUUUUUUCCAUAGGGAUUUCAUAAAAUCCUUCAUAAAAGCAUUCUAAGCUAUGAACCAAACCAGCUCUGAGGUGAAUCACACCAUAACAAACUUUGUUUUUAAGCAAAAAAGUAUUUGAAAAUCGGACAAAAAGGCAAAGGUGUACUUACCGUGUUUAAUGAGGGAAUGAACUACAAUCCCAUGAAGCAUUGCGAAUGUAAUCUAAUUAUUAACAAUGGGAAAAUAUAAAACUAUUGAUUUAAAGUUGUUGGUUAUAAGUAUAGAAACAUAUUUUAAUUGCUAAAUAUUCAGAGAUAUACAAAUAAAUAAUUAGUUUGAGAUUGUAAGGAGAGUGACUAGAUUGCGUCAUUCACAGUGCAUCAUGUGAGUGGGUUUGGCACACUGUGUUGUGCUGCAAUUCCCUGAUUGUUUUUUUGCAGGAUCAUGGGUACUGUAGUUCUUCAGCAGAAAUGUCACUAUUAAACAUGAUUUCUAAAAACUUACUUUGAAAUAACACGAACUGAUGCCUUCAACGGAAGCAUACCGUAGAUUAACAACCACGUAGCUCGCGGUUGGUCUGUCUUUAAAGGUUUAUAAUCUAUCUUUAAUUAUGAAUUCGCCUAUGGAAAAAAACUAACUAAUUUUGCUUCCAGAACUAUUCUGUUAGAGACUUGUGUCUCUGCAGAACAAAAAUAGGCAUUUUCCAAUCAGUCGGCAUUUUUAAACGUUACAUGAUUUGCCGACUACACUGAGAUUACCUACUUUCAUUUGGAAAGUUCAGAAACGCCCAUCCUGGUUUGGAAACACCCACUGAUUACUACAUUGAGAUUCCCUACUUUCAUUGGGUAGUUGAAAAAAUGCAGAUCUGAUUUGAAAACACCCACAGAUUGAGAAACGCCCAUUAUUGUUCCGCAGAGACCUAUACUUCGACUGUUGCGCUCUAGACAUGAGUCACAAUGUCUAAAAAACAAAGACUUUUAUCUAGCACAUUUGCUCACAUUUACACAGCAAUGGGCUGAUGCGACAACACAGUUGGUGUGAACGGACCAUUUUGAAUGCUUAUUUUUCCAAAUGUAAAGUUCCCUCAUACUGUCACACACCUUGUAACAGAGACCACUCAUAUCUCACCAUUGUUAUGUGGACAGGUAAGAAGUCCACGCUGCAGUUUGCUUUGGCAGAAGAUGACACUGUGUUUUGAAGUCUGACUCAUGUUUCACUGAAAUAAAAGCCAUAUGCAAGAGAUGGGGGACUGCAAUGGUGAAAGAUACCACUUCUCUCUCUAGACUACUGCCCCUCUCUAAACAUUCAAUUGUAGCCUGGUUAAACAUCACAAAUGUACUACAAAUAAUCACAAUCCCUAUUUGGUUGUAUGGUUAUGGAAAAAAAAAAAAUGCAUCUAUGAAUCCUCUGCUACAGUGCUGUGAGCAGCCAGAUAAUAUUAUACUAAGUGUUUGACUGUUAUAUUACUUUUUGUUGUACCUUGUGUCCAUUUCAGUGUUUUAUCACUCCCAAACAGCUUUUCAUCCCACCUUAUAAUGACCUAACGACCUUUUAAAGAUCCUCCCCCAAACCAAACUGUGCCCACCUGCCAUGGAAUGCACUGCCCUGCAAGACUGAACAUGCUCAAACAAGUGGUCCAAGUGAUUAUCAUAUAUUUUUUAUUGUAUUGUUGCCAAAGACUGUUUGCACUGUAAUAUAUGACUUUCUAUAAUAAAAUGGCCA